GACACCGUUACAGCAGAAGCCAGCGCGCGAGAGCCUUAUAAAUCUCUCUCUCUCCCCCACUUUCCUCGGUUUAGUGAGAAAUCCUGCUGAAGUGACGCCGCUGUCACAUUGUCUGAUAUUCAGUAGGUGUUAAUGUAAGGUCUCAGUUUAGUCAGAAGAUUAAAACCGCCACAGUGUUGGUUUUUUAUUUUUAAUUAUUUUUCAGUGAUUUAGCUAGACGCGUUAAAAAAACAAAACAAUAAAAAAAAAACAAGCCGAGCUAGCGGACUGAUUAGCUCGGUGUAUCAUCCACGUAUUGGGGGAAAUACACACGGAUUCCCGAAGAAACCGCUCAGACAGCGAUGAAUUCUUACGACGUCGAGGAUAACCGUAUGAUGGAAUCAGAGCAGAGCGUCCAAGCGUCCCGCCGCAGUGACCGGAAAGACUCGGCUUUGUCAGGGAAACGGAACAGGAAGCUCCGCGAGGAUAACGAGAGCUCGAUAAGGAACCGAUCCCGGAUCAGGUCACGAGAGCUGAACCGGGAUCCCGAUAAAGAUCGGAGCUCUGACGGAGAACACAGCAGCGGCUCGUUCUACUCGGAAGAUUACGAGAACGCCUCGCUGUCUGACAAGUCCUUCUCAGCGCGGUCUCCUUCUCCAUUACCACAGAGAGGAGCGAGGACACAGAGAGUAUCAAGCAGCUCCAUACGUCCAACAGGAGUGCGUAAGCGUGUACCUUGGCGUCCGGGUCCCCAGAGCGUCCCCCCUAAGCAGCGCUCCAGCGGUCUGCGUUCUCAGAGCCUCGGUAAGGAUGCUCCUCCCAAAGACCUGGACCUGGUCACCAAGCGGCUGCUGUCUGCCCGCCUGCUGAAGGUGAGCGAGUUGAAGAACGCACUGGCUGAGCUACAGCUGCGCACCGACGAGCUACAGCGAGAAAACCGCCUACUCAAGCAGCUUCAGCUGCGCCACGAGAAGGCGCUGCACCGCUACAGCGACACGGAGAGCGAGAUCUCGCAGCUCAUCUCGCGCCACAACAACGAGACGCACGUCCUGCGAGAGAGGCUGCGGCGCAGUCAGGAGAAGGAGCGCGUGGCCGAGCGCCGCUGCAGGGACGCAGACGAGCAGCUCCAGCGCUGCCGAGACCAGCUGCACAAACUGCAGAAGCUCGCAGACGACCAACGUCUUGGGGAAAGAGACGAUCUGGCACGCAAGCUCGCACACGAACAGUUCAAAGCACAGGAGAGCGAGCGCAGAUUGAAGGAGUUGGAGAAGAACAUGGAGUUGAGUACAGGGACCUUUCAGAGGCAGCUGGCGAGCGAGCGGAAGAAAGCCCACAAUGCCCUACAGGAAACCCAAACACUCCGGGAGGAAAUGGACAAGCUGUGCGCCAAACUAAAGGAGAGAGAAAAAGAGCUGGACACUAGGAACAUUUACGCUAAUCGAAUGCUGAGAGGGGCUUCAAAGAAAGAUUUAGAAGAUUCCACCAGGAGGAAAGGUGCUGGUACAAGCAGAAGUAUAGCAGUGCAAACUGAAGAGCUCUGUCUAGACUUCCCCUCUCCGCCUCUUGCUAUCACGAAUGGCAGUGAGCUUUCCUGUGAUGACCAGACGGAUGACUAUCUGUCUCUGAAGGAACGUCAAAGCAGUGAGCAGAGACAUACGGAAGCAGAAGAGCAAAGGAUUCAGGAGACGGUGCGAGAGCAGGAGGAAGAAAGAGCAAAGGAGAUGGCGGAACGGGAGAGAGAGACGGACAGAGUUGCGGAAAGAGGGCGAGAAAUUGAAAAGGAGAUAGAAAAGUUGCAGAGGCAGAGGAAAAAAUUGGAGUUCGAUCCGAGCGAAGCGAAAGGGACGAGACCGAGAGACGGGUGGGAUCGAGAUGAAGAGGACAGGAAGAGGCGAAGUGAGUGGCAAACUGAGGAAGAGGACGGUAAAGAUAAAGAGCCGCACUCGAGCGAGCAGGAGAUCCAGGCCAAUCAGGAGCGUGCAGAGGAAGAGCGCAGACGAAAAGACCAACUUUUGGCCAAAAUGCAUGAGAUCGACAUGCGAGCUCAGGCACAGGACUCUUACUUGAUCCAUAACGAAACAGGAAGCACUCACACGCCUCCUCAGAAUCCGAACACCUCCAUCUUCAGCUUCACAGAGCCUCAAGAGUAUGUGAGCACGCCCAAGACCGGGAAUAGGGGCAGAGCUCUGCGAUCACAGAACACCACUCAGGAUCUUGACCUCACGUUUGGCAGCUACGCUCCGUCGUUUGGUAAACCUCGAGCAGGUCUCGGACGCCGGAGCCCUGUGGACCAGUCGUCAGGAGACAAGAAUGGAGGGAUGGACCUCAGUGGGCUUGCCAAGGAGAAGAAGUCCAACCUCAUCCAGCAGCUGUUCGGGUCUGCAUCCUUGUCAGCGCCGCAUGAGUCACCCAGCAAGAUGGAGCUCCUGAGUCCUCCCGGCACAAAAUCUUCAUCGAGUGGACGCAGAAGAGACGCAGAGACGCCCAGCAGGCUGAAAAGGACCACGCUGCACGUCUCCGAGAGUGGCCCGGCCGUUAGAGCCAUUACGACACUCGAGGAUGACAUUGAGGAAGUCUUGCUAUGAAGAGGCGUCUCAACGAGAGCGUUCAUUUUCUGAAAACACCGAGAGAAUGAGGAAGUCCAAAAUACUUUUCUAGACAAAGCCGAUUUUCGUUCUUUUAAAUGAAAGCCAAGCUCAGGUUGUACCAAGCUGCAGAGCCAGAUUGCCUGGAAGUCACUGAAAUAAACGGCAACCAUAUUUAAUCUUUACACAUGGUAAAUUUCCAUAGCCUCCGUUUACACCAAACAGAAACGACCUCAGAAAAUAUAAGCACCUGAAAACCAAACACAUACAGUAUACUUGGCACAAAUACAGACCUGCAUGUAACUUUUCUAUGAUUAGGAAAUAAAGAGGUCUUAGAUUUA